AUGACCUUCGCUUGGACAGCGUUCAACAGGCUCCGCCCCUCCUCCUUCUCAGUGGCUCCUUCCCUCAGACGGCUGCUCCACGUCGGCCAGCGAGCCUCCAUCACUAAGGCGUUCUCAUCCCGUGACGUGGCGCUGUUCGCCAGGCUGACGGGCGACACCAACCCUCUCCACGUGGACCCGGCCUACGCCAGCACCACGUCCUUCGAGGCGCCCAUCGUGCACGGCAUCCUCAUCAACGGCCUGAUCUCUGCAGUGCUCGGCACCAAGAUGCCCGGCCCCGGCUGCGUCUUCCUGUACCAAGAGAUACGCUACCCGGCGCCGCUCUACGUCGGAGAAGAGGUUCUGGCCGAAGCAGAGGUUCGUAAAAUCAAGAUGUCGUUUGCCUUCAUCGCCGUGACGUGCUCUGUGAAGGACAAAGUGGUGAUGGAGGGGGAGGUGAUGGUGAUGAUGCCUGUAAAGGAGCAGGAGUGAUGAGGAAGAGGAGGUGGUGCCCUGGUCAGAGAUGAUGAUCAUGUCUCAGUUCUGUGUGAAAUCUUUCACUGAAUAAAAAUAAAAGUCAUGUUUCCUCCAUCCAGUCUGGAAACUGAUCUUCAUCUCUGAUGUUCAGCAAUGAUCAAACAUUACCGUGAGAAGAAUGAAGGAUUCUGGGACAUUAAUGAUCAACUCUGAUGGAUCAUGUCUCCAAAGCCAAAAACUGACCGUAUGGUUGGGAUUUCUCCACAGUUAGUCCAUGAAGAUCAUCAGGAUGAGAUGUUUCAAAGUAUAACUGAAUGCAUGAUUGUGAUGUUCAGAGGAAAUCAGGAGGCCCACAUCCUGCUGAGAGGAGACCCAGACCUCUUCACUGAAGGGACUACAGAGAGGGUUAAAACUCCUCCACAGUGAUGGUGGAGACCUGCUACCAGUUAUGAACACAAGGAACAAGCAGGAAUGUUCUGGUUGGGUUGUAUAGAUGUUUUCCUCUUAAAGUCAUCAUUUAAAAACCUC